ACUCGCUUUCCCAUCUUGCUGCUCGGCCGGGGAGCACGUCGGUGAUCAGGAAAGUGGAAAGAUGGCGACAGCUCCGCAACGUUAAGGCCGCGUUAGGCGGUUCAGACCCACGGUGUCCAACUACAAAAAUGUGUACUCGUUUUACCUAUUUAGAAGUGAAUAUAAAAAGGAAUCACAGGGAGACAGUAUAAUAUAGUGAGUGAGAAUGGGCCUCUGGAGCCAAACAGCUGGAACUCUGCCGUUUACUACCUGUAUGUCCUCAGGCAAGUUAGUUUAUGUACCGCAGCUUCAGUGUCCUCGUCUAUAAAAUGGCAGGAGAGCUGGCUGACAAAAAGGACCGAGACUCAUCACCUUCCAAGGAGGAAAGGAAGCGAUCACGGUCUCCUGACAGAGAGCGGGAUAGAGACCGGGACCGAAAGUCCUCCCCAUCUAAAGAUAGGAAACGCCAUCGGUCCAGGGAUAGACGACGGGGAGGUAGCCGCUCUCGCUCUCGUUCCCGUUCCAAGUCUGCAGAGAGAGAACGACGGCACAAAGAACGAGAACGAGAUAAGGAACGGGAUCGGAAUAAGAAGGACCGAGAUCGAGACAAGGAUGGGCAUCGACGGGACAAGGACCGCAAACGAUCCAGCUUAUCUCCUGGUCGAGGAAAAGAUUUUAAAUCUCGAAAGGACAGAGACUCUAAAAAGGAUGAAGAUGAUGAACAUGAUAAGAAGCCAAAGGCCCAGCCAUUGUCUCUGGAGGAACUUUUGGCCAAGAAAAAGGCUGAGGAAGAAGCUGAGGCUAAGCCUAAGUUCCUCUCCAAAGCAGAACGGGAGGCUGAGGCUUUGAAGCGGCGGCAGCAGGAGGUGGAAGAGCGGCAGAAGAUGCUUGAGGAGGAAAGAAAGAAAAGGAAACAGUUCCAAGACUUGGGCAGGAAGAUGCUGGAAGACCCUCAAGAACGUGAACGUCGGGAACGCAGGGAGAGGAUGGAGCGGGAGACCAAUGGAAAUGAGGAUGAGGAAGGGCGUCAGAAGAUCCGGGAAGAGAAGGAUAAGAGCAAGGAACUUCAUGCUAUUAAGGAGCGUUACCUGGGAGGUAUCAAGAAGCGGCGCCGAACGAGGCAUCUCAAUGACCGAAAGUUUGUCUUUGAGUGGGAUGCAUCAGAAGACACAUCCAUCGACUACAACCCUCUAUACAAAGAACGGCACCAGGUGCAGUUGUUGGGGCGAGGCUUCAUUGCAGGCAUUGACCUAAAGCAGCAGAAACGAGAGCAGUCACGUUUCUAUGGAGACCUAAUGGAGAAGAGGAGAACUUUGGAAGAAAAGGAGCAGGAGGAGGCAAGACUUCGCAAACUCCGUAAGAAGGAAGCUAAGCAACGCUGGGAUGAUCGUCAUUGGUCUCAGAAGAAGUUAGAUGAGAUGACGGACAGGGACUGGCGGAUCUUCCGUGAGGACUAUAGUAUUACCACCAAAGGUGGCAAGAUCCCCAAUCCUAUCCGCUCCUGGAAAGACUCUUCUUUACCUCCACACAUCUUGGAGGUCAUUGAUAAGUGUGGCUACAAGGAGCCAACACCCAUCCAGCGCCAGGCGAUUCCCAUUGGACUACAGAAUCGUGACAUCAUUGGUGUGGCUGAGACUGGCAGUGGCAAGACAGCAGCCUUCCUUAUCCCAUUACUGGUGUGGAUCACUACACUCCCCAAAAUUGACAGGAUUGAAGAGUCAGACCAAGGCCCUUAUGCCAUCAUCCUGGCUCCCACCCGUGAAUUGGCUCAGCAGAUUGAGGAAGAGACCAUCAAGUUUGGGAAGCCACUAGGUAUCCGCACUGUGGCCGUCAUUGGUGGCAUCUCCAGAGAAGACCAGGGCUUCAGGCUGCGCAUGGGUUGUGAGAUUGUGAUUGCUACCCCGGGGCGUCUGAUCGAUGUCCUGGAAAACCGCUACUUGGUGCUGAGCCGCUGUACCUAUGUGGUUCUGGAUGAGGCGGAUAGGAUGAUUGAUAUGGGCUUUGAGCCUGAUGUCCAGAAGAUCCUGGAGCAUAUGCCUGUCAGCAACCAGAAGCCAGAUACAGAUGAGGCUGAGGACCCUGAAAAGAUGUUGGCUAACUUUGAGUCAGGAAAACAUAAGUACCGACAAACAGUCAUGUUCACGGCCACCAUGCCCCCAGCGGUGGAACGCCUGGCCAGGAGCUAUCUUCGGCGACCUGCGGUGGUAUACAUCGGCUCUGCAGGCAAGCCUCACGAGCGUGUGGAACAGAAGGUCUUCCUAAUGUCAGAAUCUGAGAAGAGGAAAAAGCUGCUGGCAAUCUUGGAACAAGGCUUUGAUCCACCCAUCAUCAUUUUUGUCAACCAGAAGAAGGGUUGUGAUGUAUUGGCUAAAUCCCUGGAGAAGAUGGGGUACAAUGCUUGUACACUGCAUGGCGGAAAAGGCCAGGAGCAGAGAGAGUUUGCACUGUCCAACCUCAAGGCUGGUGCCAAGGAUAUUUUGGUGGCCACAGAUGUUGCUGGUCGUGGUAUCGACAUCCAGGAUGUGUCUAUGGUUGUCAACUAUGAUAUGGCCAAAAAUAUUGAAGAUUAUAUCCACCGAAUCGGCCGCACAGGACGAGCUGGCAAGAGUGGUGUGGCAAUCACCUUCCUCACCAAAGAGGACUCUGCUGUGUUCUACGAGCUGAAGCAAGCCAUCCUGGAGAGCCCUGUGUCUUCCUGCCCCCCAGAGCUAGCCAACCACCCAGAUGCCCAGCACAAGCCAGGCACCAUCCUCACCAAGAAGCGCCGAGAGGAGACCAUCUUCGCCUGAUGCAGCACUCUCCCGUGGGUUUAAGGGCAUACUCCAGUGCUGCCUGACGGCUGUUCUUCAAAACCCUCACGUCCCUCUUUCCAGCUUCUCUCUUGGGUUAUCAGGGCUUAGAAAACAGCAAUUCUUCCUGGCCUUGACCCUCGGGUCCAAAGGCCUGAGGGUAGGACUGCAAAAGGACAGGAAAGCAAAUCACUAGAUUUUGGCCCCGUUCUGCCCUUUGGGUGAGGCUUUGAUUGUAUCAAGCUGUCAGCUCUUGCCAGGCAGUGGGGCAGCUGGUUGGCACUGCCCCCAGACUGAAGAAACACCUGGCUGCCCAGACGGGACCUCCUUCGGCGCAAGCCUGACAGUGUAACUGUGUGUGCUGCCCCAACGUUGCCGUAGACGACCCGAGGGUCUGGCACUGUGAGGAUCACGGACCUCGGACUCUGUCAUUUUGACAUCUCUUUUCCUAUUUGGAGUAUAAAACAAGUUGAGAGCCUUUAGAAGUGUGCACAGCCCCAUGCCAAAGGGUACUGUGCACUCUAGGCGUCUCUACCCCAGGGAAUUUAGUGGAUAUGGGGACAGGGCGAGCUGGCUGUGUCCAUCUUUAAGUCACUGAGUGUAAUUUGUUUUCUAUUCUCUGAGAAGGUGAGUUUAUAUGUUCUAAGAAUAAAUAAGGAAUAUCAGGACUGUAGUUCUAGCUAAACCUAUCUCCCAGGUUCUCAGUGUCACAGAGGACAGGAGAAAGAGGACGGUGGAUUGGCUGGGGAUGUGAAAGCCACAUAGGGAACUCACAGUCCUGGCCUAGACAUCUAGGGAGCUUUGCACAAAGAUGCGAAAGCAGAGUUGUAAGUUUGGGGAAGUGAGGCAGUCAGAACCACUCAUCUACCAUGUCACCAUGUGCCUGACACCUUGUCUUGGGACCUUUGCUGGGUACAUUGCUCUUGGGAGGGAAGUGACAGAGGGGUGGGCACCAGAGGCCCUGAAGCAUGGUAUACUGGAUCUAGCUGAGUUAAUUUGUGGUGAGAAAGCUGUAUCCUCCUGUAUCUCACGUGUUCUUCCUUGCCCUCGGAGCUGGACAAGUAUGUAGAAUUCAAGUUGCAGGUAUUUCUAGGGCCUCUGGCCUGAGGCAGGGCUGAUAGAAAGCUGUGACUACUCUACCACACAGACUAAAGCCCUCC